CACGUUGACAAGUUUUACAAAUCGGUGUAGUGUGGUCACGAGUGCGGGUAUUUUCCAACACAUUUAAAAUAUUUUAAUAGUGUUCAUUCAUUCUCUCGACUGUCCCCUGUUGAUACGUUAAGACGUUUGUCUUUACUACUUCUAGCAAGUACAGUUAUUAGUAUACGCCAAUAAGGAUGUCUGUUGUGGGUCUAAAAAGUGUAGAUAGUUGGUAUCUUAACCAACCCCUUGAUGAAUCAGAUCCUGAACUGUAUGGUUUCAUUCAAAAAGAAAAACAAAGACAGAAGAAAGGGCUUGAAAUGAUUGCUUCAGAGAAUUUUACGAGUCUUGCAGUGCUGCAGUCAUUAGGCUCUUGUUUACAUAACAAAUAUUCCGAAGGUUACCCUGGAAGGAGGUAUUAUGGUGGAAAUGAAUUUAUUGACCAGGUGGAGUUACUGUGCCAAAGAAGAGCCCUUAAAGUGUAUGGAUUGGAUCCAGAGAAGUGGGGAGUUAAUGUUCAACCGUAUUCUGGCUCGCCGGCUAACUUUGCAGUUUAUACAGCUCUUGUAGAACCCCAUGGAAGAAUUAUGGGGCUGGAUCUUCCUGAUGGGGGUCAUCUCACUCAUGGGUAUAUGACAGACAAGAAAAAAAUUUCUGCUACAUCGAUCUUUUUUGAAUCUAUGCCUUACAAAGUUGAUCCCAACACAGGACUCAUUGACUACAAUAGAUUACAAGAAAAUGCCAAGCUCUUUAAACCCAAACUUAUCAUUGCAGGUAUAAGUUGUUAUCCUCGUGAUCUUGAUUACAAAAGGUUCAGAGAAAUAGCUGAUGAAAACAAGGCCGUUCUUAUGGCUGAUAUGGCACAUGUAAGUGGCCUUGUUGCAGCCAAGGUUGCUCCUAAUCCAUUCGAAUACUGCGAUGUAGUAACAACCACAACCCAUAAAACAUUGAGAGGACCUAGAGCCGGCAUUAUCUUUUACCGGAAAGGUGAGGUUAUAAAACUUAUAAAUGU